GGCCGUGAGUCAGUUGGCCUUUCCUCCCAUUUCAUGCCAUAGCCAUCGCCAUUGCCGCGCUAACCUUAGGAAAUUAGCUAGCCAGCGGAUGCCAACCCUCACGUCGGACUCCAUUGCGUCCCCGAGGUGGGGCGUCCCCUUCUUCGCCGCCCGCUCGGGCGCGCCGCGCACGCGCCGCCCGCCGUCGUCCUCCGGUAGUAGUCAAGGGCACGGCUGCGGGUGGCCGCUGGACCGCGUGGCCGGGUGGGUCGGCGGUGGCAUCGCCGCGGUGUUCUUCGCGUCUCUGGAGCGGUGCUCGUGCGUCAACGUGCGCACGCACGACGACCUCCUCGACGAGGAGCAGAGGGACUCGGAGGCGCCGCUCAUGUUCGACGACGGCAACGGUAACUACUCCAUGGCCGGGGCCGCCGGCGCGGAGAGGAGGAGAGGAGGCAGGAGGAGCGACAAGGGGAAGAGGACUGGUGGUGGCAUGUGGUGCUAUGGGGAAUUUUAGCGUAUGGUAAUUAAUAUCAGUUGUUUAUUUUUGUUCAAGUUCUUGCCUAGUUUCAAGUUUCGACUGCCGAGUCGCCUUAAAGCUGCUGGAUCCUACUUCAAGUUAGUUUUUUUGAACUUGUAAUGCUAUUUCUUCUUACGUUUCCGUUGAAAUUAAGUGUAUGUAUAUGGAUGUCUGAUUGUAUCCAAGUGGAUCCAAAACUAAUGCAUGUAAUCUAGUAAGUUCUUUUUUGCUCAUUUUCUCUUCUUCAACUGUAAACUUACUGAUUUUACUAGUAAUCUGUUUACACCUAGGGGC